AAAUAAUCCUAAAAAUAUUAGGCACAAUAGCAUUGACCCAUCUAGAAUCAUUUUAGAAAAUAAAUAUAAUAUGCACUUUUAGCGAACUAUUCUUCACCUUUAAGUAUUCAGUAUUGGCGGUUUUUGGUUCUGGAAAAUAUGAUUUCUCUUUUAGCUUUUGGUUUUCUUCAUUUUUGACCAAAAACUAAAAGAGAAUAUCUGACCCAGAGGAAAAAAAAAUUCUGCUAUCAUUUUAUCCCUUUUUUUUUUUUUUUUUUUUUUUUUUUUAAGGUUUGAUUUGUUGUAAUAAAUGUUCUUGUAGUUUUUCUUUUAUCCCCCUUUAUCUAGCAAGACAGUUUUUUUUUCUUCACCAUUAUUUGAAUUGUAAUCAAUUAAUGUUCUUUGAUCAUUUGUUGUUAAAAUUCAAAUACAUGAGCCAGAGAAAAAGAUUUGGGAAGCAAAUAAAGAUUGGAUUUUUGUAGGAAAGAUCUACAGGUUUACCUGAGGGAAUCAAUAAAUUGCAGCCCAUAAGCUAAAAAAUUCAAUCUUUAUGAAUUGGGUUUGUUAAAAGUGGAAACUUGUUAGAUUUUAUUGUAUGAAUAUUAUAUGUGUUUGCAUAAUAUUGGCGUGAUAUGAUUUAGAUGGAGUAACGUGGUCAGUGAGUAUUCAUAUAGCCGAUCCCAAUGACAGAAGCAUAGUUGUGGUUGUUUUAAGAGAAUGAAUACUAUGGGGAGGAUAGGUAACUACAUAGGUAGAGGCGUACGUAGUGUUUCUGGGAACUUAAAUCCAUUUGGUGGUGCUGUGGAUAUUAUUGUGGUGAAACAGGCAGAUGGUAGUUUGAAAUCCUCACCUUGGUAUGUUCGGUUUGGGACGAUUCAGGGGGUUUUGAAGGGUAGAGAAAAUGUGGUUAAUGUAAGUGUCAAUGGUGUUGAAACGGGAUUUUGUAUGAAUUUAGAUCCUAGAGGGCAAGCAUACUUCCUAGAUUCUUUAACUACUCGAACAUCUGAACAGCUGGCAACUUUGAAUCUGAAGGAGGGAAAGAAUGUAGUUGUAUUCACGUGCUCGAAACAGCAGGUUGAUGCACGUAUAUAUUUGUGGAGAUGGGACACAAAUAUUGUAAUCUCUGAUGUUGAUGGAACAAUUACUAGAUCUGAUGUUCUAGGACAGUUCAUGCCUUUGGUGGGGAGAGAUUGGUCACAGACAGGUGUUGCACAUCUCUUAUCGGCUAUCAAGGAGAACGGUUAUCAAUUGCUUUUCUUAAGUGCACGUGCUAUUUCACAGGCCUAUAUGACUAGACAAUUCCUGUUUAAUCUUAUGCAGGAUGGGAAGGGAUUACCAGAAGGACCAGUUUUCACAUCUCCGGAUGGGCUUUUUCUUUCUCUAUAUAGAGAAGUGGUUAAAAAAGCUCCUCAGGAAUUCAAAAUUGCUUGCUUACAGGACAUCAAGGCAUUGUUCCCUUCUGAUAGGAAUCCCUUUUAUGCUGGAUUUGGAAACAGAGACACUGACGAGCUCUGCUAUCUCAAGGUUCAAAUACCUGAAGGAAAAAUCUUCACCAUCAAUUCAAAGGGUCAAAUUGUUCUAAAUCGCCAUAUAGAUACAAAAUCAUACGCCUGUCUUCAUGGUCGUAUCAAUGACAUGUUUCCACCCACGUCCUCAUUGAGCAGGUUACAACGCUGACCAUCUGAGAAUAGCUUCAUUCUGCAUAUCGCCUGCAAAGGGAAACACCUGAAAUUGCAGGAUUUAGCAUAUCGUUUGCAAAGGGAAACAUCUGAAAUUGCAGGAUUUAGUUUUGACAAGAUGUGUGAGGGGACUCACAAUACGAACCUUUAUUUUUCCUAUCCUUUUAAUUUUGUUAGCAUCAAAAAGUUGGUGAAGACAUAUUCUGAAUAUAGAGCUUCUUUCUUUGGCUCAACCAAAUGCGGCCUCAUUGUAACUGUAUAUUUGCACAUGGAAGUUACUAGUUUGUUGUUAUACAACCAUACUUGAAGGAAGAAAGUAUUGUAAUCAAUUUUCUAUUAUGUUCUAAUUUUAUGCAUCAAUAGUAGGCUUGCGCAUUUGCUGUGCAUGCAUGUAUAUAAACCAUUGUUGGAGGACAUUACAAAUAAGUUCCACGUCAUUGAAUGA